GUCUCUAAGCUAUGGUGCCAUCGGGGUAAUUGUUGGCCAUGAGUUUACUCACGGAUUUGAUAGCAAUGGUCGGAAGUAUGAUAAAGAUGGAAAUUUAGACCCUUGGUGGACAACUGAAUCUGAAGAAAAAUUUAAAGAGAAGACAAAAUGCAUGAUUAACCAGUACAGCAAUUACUACUGGAAGAGAGCUGGCUUACACGUAAAAGGCAAGAGGACUUUGGCAGAAAACAUUGCAGAUAAUGGAGGUUUGCGAGAGGCUUUCAGGGCAUACAGGAGAUGGAUUGCAGAGAAGAGAGGAGGAGAGGAAGAACCUCUAUUGCCAGGGCUUGAGUUCACAAACAACCAGCUUUUCUUUCUGAGUUAUGCCCAUGUAAGAUGCAAUUCUUUUAGACCAGAAUCUGCAAGAGAGCAAAUACAUAUUGGAGCUCACAGCCCUCCUCAGUUCAGAGUUAUUGGUGCCAUGAGCAAUUUCGAAGAGUUCCGUAAAGCUUUCAAUUGCCCGGUAAAUACAACUAUGAAUCGAGGUGCAGAAUCUUGCCGGCUGUGGUAGAUGUCUCUUCAGAUCUUGUGUUGAGGAGUCUACAAUGCAAACUGCUGCAUCUCAACUCCAGCCCACUGCUAGAGAUUCUGAAUAAAGUACAGCAGUGUGGAGAGAUUUCAUUUCAAAUGG